AUGGCUGCAGGUUAUGAAACAACAGCGACGACGCUAGGUUACAUAAUGUAUAUUCUAGCCACACACUCCGAUGAGCAAACAAAACUAUUUCAAUUGAUUAACGAGGUAUUGACACAUGCAAAUAACAGUCAUCACCUACUAGAUUUUGAUACAUUAAAUAACAUGGAAUAUUUGGAUUGGUUUAUCAAAGAAGUGUUAAGAAUGUAUCCGAUCGGGCAAUCCCUGCUUGAUCGCCAGCUGUAUGAUGAGUCCUAUGAGAUAAAAAAUCACGGACGCCUGAAAAGGGGUACCGUCGUUGUCGGCGAUAUGCAUACAAUACACUACGAUUCAAAUCUAUGGGGUCCUCAUGAUCCAAAUGAAUUUUAUCCAGAAAGAUUUCGAGAUAAACGACACCCUAUGGCAUUUCUUGCAUUUGGACAGGGGCCACGGAAUUGUGUUGGUAUGAGAUUCGCGUUUCUGGAAAUCAAACUAGUAUUGGUACAUUUGUUGAAGAAAUAUACUAUUAUAGAAUGCUGUGAAACAGAAGCAAAUUUCAAAAUAAUUGAGACAUUUGUUACACAGCCGAAAGCUGUUUGGAUCAAGCUACAGCAAAGGUGA